UGCAUAAGUAAUUAAUUAGGUUAUAGUGUUAUUGUAUUGUAUUUUUUUCGGAUUUAUGUGUCGACCAGUUUAAGUGUAUACACAAAAAUCAAAAUUUUGAAAAGUAAAAAUGUUCUUCCAUUUCCAGUCAUGUCUAAUAAAGAUAAAAAAAAUUACCAAGUCAGAAAAAAAUUUAUGAAAUUAAGUCUAGACUAUGUCAAUUUAGGUUUAUGUACUGAAGAUUUGGAAAAGAAUUGUUUUGGAAUUAAAGAUACUUACAACACAAUAAUCAUAUUUUUAUUUGUCAUCUUGAUAUUAAUUUAUAUUUUGUAUCAAUCAAAUGUGCUUCACAUAUUACUGGAUUAUUUUUUGGGGAUAAGAUGUAUUAUCCGCAACAAUUAUUUUGUGUGGGAGGCUGUUCGACCAUCAGCCAAUUGUAGUUUUUGUAUCAAUGUAUCCGCACCGAUAGUGUUAUUGAACGCUACAAAAUCUGAAUUUUCCUCGCAUGCUUUUACUUCUAAGCCAGUGUUAAUAAAACAAGCAUUUUUGCAUUGGCCAGCUCGACAUACAUUUUCUUUAAAAUAUUUUGAAGAAUUGUACAACAGCGUAGAGGACGCUUUUAAAAGUGUGGAUGAUGAAUGCCAGUUUUUACAUUUCAAAUCCAAUUUUAUUUCUCUCCGAGAUGUUUUUUCUAUGACAAAGGAACGAAUGGAAAAUAAUCCUAAAGAAAAAUCUUGGUAUGUUGGAUGGGGAAAUUGUCAUCCACUUAUACUACAAGAAAUGAGAAAACACUAUCCAAAGCCACAUUUUUUGCCAGAUGAUAGUGAAAUUCCUUCAAAAGAGUAUGUCUUCAUGGGAUAUGAUGAUGGUGCAACUAUGCAUCUAGACUUUAUUAACCGUUUAAUGUGGCAGGCACAGCUGAAGGGAUCUAAAAUAUGGCAUUUGCAUCCUCCUCCAGAAUGUCACCAUGUGUGCAAACCAUUAUCUUUUUUAGCAGAACCAGGAGACGCAGUGUUUAGUUUUAGUGGACACUCGAGUAUGGUAUCACGGAACAACAAUUACUCCUGGACAAUUUAGUCUUUCAAUUCAAUCCGAAUAUGGAUAAACACAACAGUUUCGCAUUGCGUAUUAUUUUUAACUCAAUUAUUAACAUUUAUUUUAUUUGAAAAAUUAUCAAUUCAUCGUUUUUAAUAGUUAUCAAUUGAUUAUAUUUGGUAGACGGAAAUUUAACAAAUUAUUAACUUUUCGGUGACUGAAUUUUUGAUUUGUUUAUACUGUGACAAGUUUUAUUAAA